CGUUACACUCCGAGUUAAAACGUAUUCGCUUAAAGAAAUAAUCAAGCAUUUGUCGGCAACGAAAAAUGGGGACUGUGCAUGCAAAGGAACCUCUGGUCUGCAAAGACCUGGAGGCAGGUUCCCAAAAGGAGAAAACUAUUGAUUUGGACAACAUCCCGGUUCAUGUACAGAGAGUUGUAGUUGAUGGUGUAAGCCGGACCAAAAAUGACAUCAUCGUCAGUCAAGUUCAAGAACUUCUGGCAGCAAAGAGUUUUUCUGAGAUGGUAUUCAGAAGCAAUGAGGUGAAGUUGCAUUUUGAGCAGCUGGGUCUUUUCAAGAAUAUCCACAUUUUGAUAGACACAUACAAAGGCGAGUGUGCCAGAGAUAAUGCCUAUGAGGUGAAAUUUGACGUUAAUGAAUUGAGAUGUGUUGCUGGUGGAAUAAAUACCAUGGUUGGAAACACACAUGCAAAUUUGCUGUUCAGUUUGCGGCUGCCCAACAUGAAUGGGAGAGGUGAACGGCUCAACGUGGAGUAUUCUCACGGAACCAAACAGAGUCGUGGGGUCAACAUGUCGUUUACAAAACCAAUCUUUGGUCUGCCCGAAGCUCUGUUUAGUACCGGUUUCUACCAGCAUCACAGUGAAUACCCAUGGAGUGGCUACAAGGAAACAGACAGGGGCAUGUUCACCGACGUUACUUUUCCUACCGUAAUGGGCAACCACACACUGAAAUGGGAAGGAGUGUGGAGAGAUCUGCGUUCAUUAACGAGAACCACGUCAUUCGCAGUGCGGGAACAGUCGGGUCACAGCAUCAAAUCAUGCCUUAAGCACAUAUUUUACCGAGACACACGGGAUGAUGCAAUUCUUCCAACUCGAGGGACACUACUGCGAGCCAUACACGAGUAUGCCGGUCUUGGUGGGAGUGCGAACUUUUUCAAACAUGAUUUAGAAUUACAAGUCAACCAGGCUCUGCUGUGGGACACCGUUCUGCAGUUUUCAUUUGGCAUGGGUAUUAUGAAAAGCCUCGACACGAAGAAAGAAAUUUUGGUCAAUGACAGAUUCUUCCUCGGUGGGCCCCUCACUCUCAGAGGUUUCAAUAUAAAAGGGGUUGGCCCUCACAGUGAUGGAAAUGCUCUUGGUGCUGAAGCCUACUGGAUAGUGGCCGGUCACAUCUACACCCCCCUGCCGUUCAGACCAUUACGGGGAGGUUUCGGAGACCUCUUCAAAUUGCAUUUCUUUGCCAAUGCUGGAAAUAUAGGAAACAUAGCUUUGCGUCGAGAUUUUCGAGAAAAUAUAGGCGAGAUGAUGGAGACGAUUCGCUGGGCGUACGGGGCCGGUCUUGUCCUACGAAUGGGCGGAAUUGCACGUUUAGAGCUGAAUUACGUUGUGCCUGUCGUUGCUCAGAGAGGAGACGGUGUGUAUUCUGGCUUGCAGUUUGGUAUUGGGCUGUCCUUCAUGUGAUUUGCGACCAACACGGGUGGAUUAACAGUUUGAUAAUGUGUUAUUAGUGUGUGAUCUAAGACACACAGUGCCUUGUACUUGCGGCAUGCAAUAUUACUGCAGAUCACACUGGGUCACUGGAGAUCUCAACUCUACCUAGAACAAGUUGUGAAUAUAUAUAUAUAUAUA